GAGCAGAGCAGAGCCAGGCUAUCACCCGUCCGCAUCCGGAGGUGGUGACGCGCCGCCUCACGUCACUGCUCCGGCAGCCAGGACUGGCUCCUGCCCGCGUGGUGCUGCCGGUUUCCCAAAGCGCACACAGCAGCGUCGCCCCUGGGCCCAGGGACCCAGCCCUGAGCCAUGGCACUGCUCACCCACCUCCUCGCCUGUGCCUUUGGCACAGGCUCCUGGGUGGCCAUCAAUGGGCUGUGGGUGGAGGUGCCUCUGCUGGUGACGGUGCUGCCGGAGCAGUGGGACCUGCCCUCCUACAUCACCAUCAUCAUCCAGAUGGCCAACGUGGGACCACUCUUCGUCACCCUCAUGAACCGCUUUCGGCCUGGCUUGCUGAAGGAGGUGGCUGUUAUCUACAUGGUCGUGUCUGUGGGUGUCAUAGCCUGCUUGCUCCUCUCUUUCCUCUGGAACCACACUUCCGUCAUCGCUGGGAAGUCCCACAGCAUCGCCUUCCUGAUCCUCACCUUCUUCCUGUCCUUGGUGGACUGCACCUCCUCCGUCACCUUCCUGCCCUUCAUGAUGCAGCUGCAGCCUCAGUACACAACCACCUUCUUUAUAGGCGAAGGGCUCAGUGGGCUGAUCCCUGCUCUCAUCGCCCUGGGACAGGGCUCUGGCAUCUCCAGCUGCGCCAAUGUCAGCUACGAGGUCAACAUCACCACUGGCAAUGAGACUGUGGAGAGCACCAUCUCCCAGCUGGAGACCCAGUACCUCCUACCCAAGUUCUCCACCCUUGUCUUCUUCCUGCUCAUGACUGCAAUGAUGCUGAUCUGCUUGCUGGCCUUCUUCUUCCUCAGCCGGCAGCCCAAGGUGUGGGAGCUCUCCCAGCAGCAGCUCUUUCCCGGCAACAUUGUGCUGAACUCAUUUGACCAGAUCCUUGAUGAGGCAGCUGACUCGCAACUGAGCAGAGGCUGCUCAUACUCAAAGGAUCCCAAGGGACAAGGGAACAUCCUGCCAGAGAAGGUCUCCUAUUCCCUGACCAAGCUCGCCUUCAUCUACCUCCUCGUCACCUGGGUGAGCGCCCUGACAAAUGGGGUCCUGCCGUCGGUGCAGUCCUACUCCUGCCUGCCCUACGGCCACACCACCUACCACCUGACAGCCACACUCAGCUCCAUGGCCAACCCCCUUGCCUGCGUCGUGGCCGCAUUCCUGCCCAGCAGGUCCCUGUUCCUGAUGGGCUUCCUCACCAUGGCAGGGACAGGCUUUGGUGCCUACAACAUGGCCAUGGCGGUGAUGAGUCCCUGUCCACUCCUCCAGCAGUCCCAGUGGGGCGAUGCCAUCAUUGUCCUCUCCUGGGUGCUGUUCACCGGGACGCUCACCUACAUGAAGGUGAUGGCCGGGGUGAUCCUGCGGAGCCACAGCCGCAGUGCGCUGGUGUGGUACGGGAUGCUGGAGCAGCUGGGCUCCCUCCUCGGGGCACUGCUCAUGUUCCCCCUCGUCAACAUCUACAGCCUCUUCAAAUCCGCUGACUACUGCAGCCUGCACUGCCCAGUGGGACGGGCACCCCAGGGCUGAUCCUCCUGCCAGCACAAACUCCCAAAACCAGCGAGGCUGGGUGGCUGGGAAGCAGUGCUGGGACUGGGAUGGCUGCAGGCAUGUCUCCCCACCAGAUUCUGCCAGGUCCCCAGGCAGCAGCAGCUCCGGGGCUUUGUCCCCAGCCUGGGUACAGGGUGUCCCCAUCACAUGAAAGCAAUAGAAAGUGUUUGCUCA